UUCAGUUUGAUGAACGCAUGGCGACACUCAAAACGGUUUAUACAUAGACUACCAAACGUUCUACAUCGUUCACUAUCAGAUGGCAACGACAGCUUCCCUAAAUUUCGUCCUGAUAAAAUCAGAAACUUCUCGAUUAUAGCUCAUGUCGAUCACGGCAAAAGUACUCUAGCAGACAGACUCAUAGAGAUAGGAGGAGGAGGAGGAGGAGAAGUCAACACAUCCCAACCUCAACAACUUGACAGUCUACAAGUGGAGCGAGAAAGGGGGAUAACCGUAAAAGCACAGUGCGCUUCCUUACGUUACACUCACAAAGGCACUGAAUACCUGCUCAACUUGAUCGACACCCCGGGUCAUGCUGAUUUUACACACGAAGUGGGGAGGUCUCUUUUUCUCAGUGAUGGAGCUAUCUUGUUGGUUGAUGCGACCCAGGGGGUACAGGCACAAACUGUUAGCAACUUUUACACUGCGUUCGAAAAUGAGCUUGUCAUCCUGGGAACGCUGAAUAAAAUUGAUAUGCCCAAUGCGAAAGUGAGUUCGUGUAAGUUGGAGAUGUCCAGCAUGUUUGAUCUUGAGGAAACUGACAUUACAGAAAUUUCUGCUAAGACAGGUGAAAACGUAGAAAAGCUAAUUCCACAAGUGAUAGAACAGGUGCCAGCCCCUCAGGGGAAGCUUGAUUCAGAUUUUGUUGCUAUCUUACAUGACUGCCAAUAUCUAUCUUCUCCUGGUAGCGUUAUCUUAACUGUCUUUGUCAAAGAAGGAACAGUGAACACCAGAGAUUCAGUGUGUCUGCUGAGGUCUGGCAAGACAUUCCCUGUCCGUGAGAUGGGUGUAUUUCUACCUGGGUUACAACCCACCAACAGUCUGUCUGCUGGGCAAAUGGGAUAUUUCAUUUUGAAAGUGAAGGGUGUUGAGGAUGUUAUAAUUGGUGACACUAUCUGUAUGCCUGAUUCUAAUGUUGAGCCACUUCAGACUAUUCCAAAACCCAAGCCGUCAAUCUUUUCUGGUGUUUUUCCUGACGAAGAUACUGCUUUCAGGUCAAUGAAAGAGUCCCUGGAAAAGUUAGUUAGAUAUGACACUUCAGUAUCCAUGCAGUUAGAUUCUAAUCAAAUUUUAGGACAAGGCUGGAAUCUGGGAUUUCUUGGCACUCUCCAUAGAGAGGUAUUUGCUCAACGACUCUAUCAAGAAUUUGGUACCAGCAUCAUCAUGACCCCACCUAGCAUCACCUACCGAGCUUUUCUCCGCAACAACGAAAUAACAGAGUUCAACUGUGCUAAGGAUAUGCCCGACAGUUACCACGUGAUAAAAUGGGAGGAACCAGUUGUUGAAACCACCCUUAUCGUACCAGGCACACACCUCUCCCCUGUUAUCUCCCACUGCAUGUCAUGUCGUGGUAAUCAGAAGGAGAACUCAACCCUGGGAGAGGGAAGGUUUCUGUUGAAAUACGAGAUACCCCUGAUAGAGACAGUAACUGAUUUCUACAGUUCGAUCAAGAAGCUGAGUAGCGGGUAUGCUACUUGUGAUUUUGAGGAUGCGGGCUACUGGGAGACUGACAUCUCCAAGGUUGAUGUUGUGGUUAAUGGUGAUAUAGUUGAUGGUUUGUCAAUGAUUGUAAGGUCGGAUGUUGUUAAAGAUGUUUGUUUGAGGACUGUUAAGGAUAUUGCUAAGUUGAUGCCCAGGGAACUGUUUAAGAUUAUUAUCCAGUGUGUGGCGGGAGGGAAAGUCCAGGCUCGAGCAGAGGUUACACCACUCCGAAAGGACGUAACAAAGGAUUUGUACGGUGGAGACAAGACUAGGGCUAUGAAACUGUUAGCUCGACAACGGGAAGGUAAGAGGAAACUCAAAGAGAAAGCUGUCGUCAAAAUACCCAAGACUGUUUUUAGGAAAAUUUAGGGUUUGUACUUUGUAUGGUUUUGAUAUUUUAGUUUAAGAGUCUAGACUGAGAGUUCACGUUUAUCUGUAUUUUUUGUGUGCAUUAAUUUAAUAUGCGUUAUAAUUUAUUAUCGGUUUGAAGUUAUUUUUACGGUAAUGA